AUGGCUAUUAAAACAUCACCUGGAGACAUGGAAGAAUAUAGAAAGACAGACAAUCAAGAUGCUGUAGAGAACACUUCUAUGAGAACAAUGUUACUUGAGAUGGAGGAACAAUCACAGUUUCCAAAGACGUCGUAUUAUGUUGCUUUUGCUUGGAGACCAUUUAUGAUCUGCUUAGAUUUUACGCAGUUAGAUUGGCCCUAUUAUUUCCCUCGACCUUUAUUGGCAUUUUCUUUUAUUCUUGCCAUUUGUAUGGGAUUAGCUAUUGGUGCAUUGUGUUUAUGGCAUUACUAUCUUAUUUUAACAGCCCAAACAACUGUAGAGUUCUAUAAUAACUAUUAUGACAAAAGUGUCUGCAAAUCUCAGGGUGAAGUCUUUGUUAACAUGUACAAUUUCGGUCCUGUUGAAAACUUUAAGCGUUUCUUUAAUAUUGGUGAUCAAUAUUCUUGGUACACUUUCUUUUGCCCUAUACCUAUACCACCUAGAGGAAGUGGACGUGUAUUUGAAAAAUGUCAAGAAUUUUACUUGUUACCUGAAUCAAGACAAAGGGCUCAUGUAGUAUAUCAACAAGAAAGUCAAGAGAUUGAAGAUCUUAAAGAUGCUUAA